AUACAUUAUAUAUUAUUACAAGCGCCAUAAGUAUACCGCUUACGGUGUUUAAAAAAGUUUUUAUAAUCCUGUCUACCGGUACUCGCAAAUAACUAUAUUGGCGCAGACCCCAAGGCAAAACGAUGCCACGCAGUAUAAUUUUCUUUCUGCUCGUAGCCUUGUGGGCCGUGGGCACGGUGAACUCUCAAGCUUGCCCGAGCGUAAGUGGCUACACCUUCUAUCGACUUCAGGAGGUUCCUGCAGCGUAUGUCAUCCGCACCUUGAGCCCCGCCGGCACGCCCUCCGACAUUGCGGCCAUAUGUUUUAAGACGAGCGCUUGCAAUGCCUUCACUACCCUGGGCGAUCUCUUGGUUGUACCUAUGGCGCCUGCCUUCGUGUCCAUGGAUACAAGCAGCGACACAUCCCUCAAGGCCUGCGACGGCGUCUAUGUUGUUCCAUCUCGCCCGUUUACUGGAUUGAGCCUCCCGGCCACAUUUUCACUAAGCUCACUCACCAACAAUGGCGCAAAAGUGCUACGAAACAUGCAAGCAGCUGUUGCAGCGGCCAGCAGGGUCCGGGAAAAGCUCAGUGGCAAGGACGUGAAGAGCAUGGGCAGGAACGACAUUGCUACAGCUUUUAAAGCUGCAGCGACCCCGCAAGCCCAAGCCAGCGACACGAUUGGCAACUACACGUACAAUGACGUCAUGGCAGCGCUCUCUGCCCCCACGUGGGACUCCCGCAACGUUGUCAACGGCAGCACCUACAGCUUCAUCAGUUCGGUGAAGGACCAGGGCGGCUGCGGCUCUUGCGUGUCAUUUGCCAUGACAUCUACUGCGGAGGCGGCUGUUGCGGCGGUUAAACAGAUGACCUCCAACACCAAUGAUUACUCUGAGCAGUGGCUCUUCUUCUGCAAUACGCUCUACAGCCCAUCCUGCAGCACUGGUUGGCAUGCCGGCGGUGCUGCAGAUGUGAUUACAAAGCUGAACAUUCCGUACGAAGUCAACUAUCCGUAUGCACCCUCCGCGGCGUCCUGCACACUCCAGUCACCUCCCGAGAACCGCGCCGGUGGCACCUUCGGAUAUGUCGCGUACAAUGACUUAACACAGGCCAAGGCACACAUCCGGCAGUACGGCUCUGUGACAACCUACUUUGCGGUCUUCAAUGACUUCUUCUACUGGACCGCUUCCUCCCCGCCCUACGCCUGGGACGGGGUCAGCGGCCUGGCCGGCUACCACCAGGUCACGGUUGUGGGCUACGAUGACACCAAUUCCUAUUGGAUCGUCAAGAACAGCUGGGGAACCGGCUGGGGUGACAAGGGCUACAUCCUAAUUUCUUACAACAACAACUGCGGCCUCAUGUCGGCUGAUGGCGAUAACAUCAUUGGUCUGACCUGGACGCCCUCUGAUGUGUCCUCGCCACCCCCACCACCUCCUACGUCAUCGCCUCCACCUCCGCCACCUCCCAAGGCGUCGUCUCCGCCACCCGCAGUCCGUAAAUCCCCAUCCCCACCACCUCCCAAGUCAUCUCCGCCUCCGCCUCCCCGACCUUCUCCUGCAUCUCCGCCUCCGCAGCCUCUCCAGAUCUGCGGUGACAGUGUUUGCAGUGGCACCGAAACCUGCUCCACCUGCCCCGGGGACUGCGGUGCAUGCGCGGUGUGUGGUGAUGGCGUUUGCUCAGGUGGCGAGACGUGUGUCACGUGUCUGAAGGACUGCGGUAAGCUUCAAGCGGACGGUGUCACCCGCACCUGCUGCGGUGACGGAACCUGCACGGCCAAGUACGAGAACAGCACCACAUGUGCCAGAGAUUGCGCCGCUAACGUCUGCAAGCGCAAUGGUGUCUGCGAUUAUGCCGGCGGGGAGCGCUGCUACAACAGCGCCACGAAGACCGGUUGCCUUGACUGUGGAACCUGCCCACCCAACAAGUACAGCAACUAUUACUGCGGGGACGGAAAGUGCAGUCGCAAAGGUUCAUACAGCGAGAGCUGCUACACAUGCGCUCAGGAUUGCGGUGUAUGCAACAAGGCGUCUUCAUCGGCCUCGGCUGCCUCCUAUUGCGGUGACGGCGUGUGCAACGGUGGAGAAACAAAGGACAGCUGCCCCCGUGACUGUAACCCGUCUUCCUUCGCUCGCGUGCCGCCGGGGAUGCCCUAUGAGGGUGAAGAUGAUAUGGAGGACGACAACGACGGAAACAGCAACAGAAAUGGAAACAGCAAUGGGAACAGCGGAAACGGCAAUGGGAACGGGAACGGCAAUGGCAAUGGGAAUGGUAAGAAUGGCAGGCGCUUGCUUCUUGGCCGCGUGUAGAGGGUGGUCUGCAGGUGGAUAAAGGCCUCGCCAUGCGCUGCCUGAACGUAUACAAUGGGUUGGCUGCUUAAGAACGGCAGCGGGCUUUGCUUGGGUUGUUGCCCUCUGCCUGCUGAGAUAUACAUCCCAUUACGCAGCUCGUAGGUAAUACCUGUAUUGUUAUUCAUUCAGGGCUUGAGCGUGCCCUGUUGCUUGCGUGCGGUAUGUAUGUUGGCGUUUGUUGCCAAGCACAUUUCUCUCGUAGGUGAGUAGGCAUAGCUGGUUGGCGCAGUUUUCUGGCCGCUUGCCUCAUAUUUUCUGACUUGGAAGACGUUUUAAGGAAACUGAUUUGGUAUAACCUGGAUAAGGACAAGUGGACGUAGUACCUAUGGCUGGUCUCCGCACAUACAGCUUCCGUACAGUUUCCGCAUGCCGUACGCUGCCUGUUUGCGGGCCUAUCACCAAAGCCCGCAAAAAGGCUGGCCGUGCAAGUACAAAUUCAUACCUUUGGGCAUAAUACAGAUACAUACGACGGAUGUUUUCAGCUUCAAUUCUACACAUUUUUGCAGGAUGUGAGUUAUGUAUUUUAGUGCGGUCAUACCGGUACCGGGCGGUGUCGUAGCCACUGCAGAUGCGAGCGGUUGACGGUUUUCUUGGUCUUACAGGGCAUUUUCUUUUCAAUAGUUGCCCUCCUUGCAAGCUGACAUUCAGCGUAUGGUGCGUUGGAAGACAUGCACCUAAAGCUGUGUUUGUCGUUCAAUUGUGGCUGCUGAAGCUUUUGGCUCUUCAUGGAUACCAUGACCAUAUGUCCGAUUAAUGCGAACGUCUAUAGGAAGCCAGAGGAAGUACAAAUAAAAUUCUGGGGCUGUAAACUUGUCUCACGAAAA